GUUGUAUUGUUUGACGAGUUCAAUGAUGAUGUUAGUGACCCACAGUUACUACGUCUCUCCUAUACAUUCCUAUGCUGCCCAUAUAUUGUACUCAACUACUUAUUAGUAUGCUAUUGGGAGGAUAUUAGCUGGGUUACUGUGGCAUGGUUUAUGAAGAACAUCAAUUUAUCAUAG